AUGUGGUUCAGGGUCAUUACAACUUUCCUUUCCUUUGUAGCAGGCGCUUGCUCGGGGCUGAAAGUGACAGUGCCCUCACACACUGUUCAUGGCAUCAGGGGCCAGGCCCUCUACCUCCCUGUGCACUAUGGAUUCCACACUGUGGCAUCAGACAUCCAGAUCAUAUGGCUGUUUGAGAGACCCCACACGAUGCCCAAAUACUUACUGGGCUCCGUGAACAAGUCUGUGGUUCCUGACUUGGAAUACCAACACAAGUUCACCAUGAUGCCGCCCAAUGCGUCUCUGCUCAUCAACCCAUUGCAGUUCACUGAUGAAGGCAAUUACAUCGUGAAGGUCAACAUUCAGGGAAAUGGAACUCUAUCAGCUAGUCAGAAGAUACAAGUGACCGUUGAUGAUCCUGUCACAAAACCAGUUGUACAAACUCAGCCUUCCUCUGGAGCUGUGGAGUAUGUGGGCAACAUGACCCUGGCAUGCCUUGUGGAAGGGGGCACCCGGCUGGUUUACCAGUGGCUAAAAAAUGAAAGGCCUGUCCACACCAGCUCCACCACCUCCUUUUCUCUGCAAAACAAUACCCUUCAUAUUGCUCCAGUGACCAAAGAAGAUAUUGGGAAUUACAGUUGCCUGGUGAAGAACCCUGUCAGUGAGAUGGAAAGUGACAUCGUUAUGCCUACCAUAUACUAUGGACCUUAUGGACUUCGAGUUAAUUCUGACAAAGGGCUAAAAGUAGGGGAAGUGUUCACUGUUGACAUUGGAGAGGCCAUCUUGUUUUAUUGUUCUGCUGAUUCUUAUCCCCCCAACACCUACUCCUGGAUCCGGAGGACUGACAAUACAACAUAUGUCAUUAAGCACGGGCCUCGCUUGGAAGUUGCAUCUGAGAAAGUAGGCCAGAAGACAACUGACUAUAUGUGCUGUGCUUACAACAAUGUAACUGGACGGCGAGAUGAAGCUCAUUUCACAGUCAUCAUCACUUCUGUAGGACUGGAGAAGCUUGCACAAAAAGGGAAAUCAUUGUCCCCUUUAGCAAGUAUAACUGGAAUAUCACUCUUUUUGAUUAUAUCCAUGUGUCUUCUCUUCCUAUGGAAAAAAUAUCAACCCUACAAAGUUAUAAAACAGAAGCUAGGAGGCAGGCCGGAAACAGAAUACAGGAAAGCUCAAACAUUUUCAGGCCAUGAAGAUGCUCUGGAUGACUUUGGAAUAUAUGAAUUUGUUGCUUUUCCAGAUGCUUCUGGUGUUCCCAGGAUGCCAAGUAGGUCUGCUCCAACCCCUGAUGGCAUAUCAGGACAAGAUUUGCACAGUACAAUUUACGAAGUCAUUCAGCACAUACCUGCCCAACAGCAAGACUGUCCAGAGUGAGCAUUCAUGGGUAAAGCAGUGCAUUGGAGUGAAAUAAUGAAGGAACAUUUUGAGGAAAAACAGUGGAAAUGUAUAUUCAUCUGGAAUCAGUGAAGAAAUCAAGCCCAAUACCUCUUGCUCAUUACUCCUUUUAAAUGCAGAAUAGAGUCAUUUAUAAAAAUUGUACUGAAGGUUUUCCAGCAUACACACAAUGCAUUGUGUUGUAGAGGAACAUGGUGGGGAAGUAGUCCUCAGGGGACAAUCUUUAUCAUAGUGACUGAGAGGGGGAAAAAAAAGACGGGACUUUCCAGUUACUCUUUUCAUCUCAAAUUUCUCUAAGAAGCUCAAUUAGUUCUAAUCUACACUUUCACUUUCAUCAACAUUGACUAUCCUAUCUAAUUCACGAAUAUGGAAAUUUUAUAUUUGUAAAAUUUCUGGUAGGCUUUGUUUUAUUAAUUCUCAUUACUGUUAAAUUACCAUAUUAACUUUUAAAAUUUUAUUCCCAAACUUAUUUCCUGCUAUUUGUACCACCCAAUAAGGAUGGCUCUCACAACAGCAAGACUUGCCUUCUCCUAGGUCGUCAGUUACCAGUGGCUUUUUUGAAAAGACAUAAAAUACUGAAGGAAAUGACACAUUAAAGUCUUAUUUUUAUUUUUGUUCAAGGAAAGAUGCAUUGAAAUAAAUUAUUCUGGUUUUGCUUUUAUAUGACCUUGACUCUUUGUCUUGUAGGGCAAAAAUUUUACAUAAAAGUCAGAUUGUACAAUUAGAUUUUUUAUCCUUAUUUCCCAGUGUGCAAUAAAGUGUAGAUUAUAGAGAACUACUAAAAUAAGAAUCUUCCUCUUUCAUGGCUAUUUUUUUUUUCAGGCUUGAAAUUUUUACUUGAUUGAAUUGCUGAUUCUGGGAAGGGCCUCCCUUCUUGUAUAUUGCUGUAUUUAAAAAAUCAGUAGACCAAGUGGCAGAAUUAGAAAACACCAUUUUACAACCUCCAGGGGAAAUAACUGAUUCAGAUCACAAUCGUCUUUAGCCAAGACUGCUAGAUAAAUGGUACCAGAUAAAACUAGAUGACCAAGGAUCAGGUUGCAGAAACUCUGUGAAGGGAAGGUCUGAGACCUAGAGAGAAGUAGGUGUACAAAGUAGCAGAGAGGCAACUGUGCAGGAUGCAAGAGGCCCAGGGAGUGGGCACAGAAAGGUCAUCUGAGUGUUGUAGGUCUUGAAGAUGAAAGAUGAAUAUUUUUGUGUAAUGACAUUGGCUACAAACACUCUGACCUGACAAUGCCACACUUUAAGAUUUCAUUCUGGCCAAAUAAAGGUAGAAACAACCCAAAUAUUCAACAAUAGGGGAUUUUUAAGUGACGUUAGAUCCAUACAAUGGUUCACACUGCAGCUAUUAAAAAAGAAGGUAUACACCUGUAUUUACUGACUUUAAACUCUGUCUCAUGACCUAUUAUUUUAUACACGAGAAAGAAAUCACAAGAAUAGCAUUUCUUUUUCAAAGUGUUUCAAAGGAACCACUGCAUUUACACUGUACUUCCCGCCUUUUCAUAGAAGCACAUGGUGAAAGGAAAAUUAAGACAAAGUCCCACAACCCCUUUCUGGUCUUCUUUCUCUACCACCUCAUGUAUUUCUCUGCUGGAAAAGUCCACCAGUCCUACCACAAACAUUUUCUUUUGCAUUUGGUAUAAUAUAUGUUCAUAUAUAUGUGAUAUAUAUUAUAUGAUUAUAUAAUUAGGUUAUAUAGAGAGAUUUUAUAUAUAUGUAUAAUCAGAAAAGGAAUUAAUGCCCACUAUAAAUAAAUAUAUAAUAUAUAUACAUACAUACUUGGAAAUGCAGAUGGCUAACCAUAAGAUAAUUAAAAUCACCUAUAGAGAGUAGAUCUUAAACAGUCUCACAACAGCAAAAAAGAAAAUUGCAAUCAUGUGAGGUGAUGAUUGUGUUAACUAACCUUAUUGUGGUCAAUUAUUUCACAGUAUGUACAUGUACCAAAUCAUCACACCUUAAACUUAUACAAUGUUAUAGGUCAAUUAUAUCGCAAUAAGGCUAGAAAAAUAAUAUAAAAUCACUUGUAUUCUCACCUCUCAGAAAUAACGUGUUAACGUUUUCCUAAACUAGUUAUGCAUGUAUUCUUUCAUACACCUUCUAGUUCCAGAAAGGAUUUAUGGUAGCUCAUAUAAAUGCAUAAUGUAACAAGAUAAAAUACACCCAAAAAAUAAAGUUGAUAAAGAAAACAGGGUGAAGGAACAAUGAGAGUUUACAAAGGCAAAUUGAAAGCAGAAAUGAGGUCAAUAACCAGUAUGAUGAAUUCCCCUUCAUCUCUGAGUAUUAUUUUAUUAUACCAAGAUCACACAGCAUAUGCAGGUGGAUGUCUAAGGAGGGACUUCUAAACUGAAUGCAAUUUGUAACUGUCAGAGCCAAAGAAAGGUUGCAAUCCCCUCACAGGGCUGGAAAAGAGCAGGUCAGCUUUCCCAGCCAACACUCCCCGAAGGUUCAUCUGCCUCUCUCCUUCCUCAAUCUUGAAUUCCCUCCCUCCCCAAGGCUCUUUCUGGUCUUACUUGAAGAGUUGAUUAACUACAAUGAGCAACAGCUGUAUCUCUGUGUUCCCCUUCCAAGACCCAACCCUGGAACACUUUCAAUCACAGACCAUCUUAUACAGCCUUUUCUUGAAUAGGUAAUAAUACAUUCACAUGGCUCACAAUCAAAAUCUUAUAAAAAGUAUGUGCCAAGACAGCUGUUUGUAUUCGUUUUUGGUUUUGGUUUUUGGUUUGGCUAAUUUUGUGUCUCCCUCCAGAGUAUCUUACCACAAACCAAAGGAAAUACAAACACGUAUUUUUAUUUUUUCAAACUCACUUUUCAGUCACUUGUAAUUCCUCUCAUUUUUGUAUUGCUCUCUGACACACAAAUAUACAGACUCUCUUAGAGCAUGGUUCCACUCAAAGCAACAAGGAAUUGCUUAAGGGAUAAACGUGAAAGGGUCUAGAAUCCAAUUAACUUUUGCCGUCAAUGGUGUAUAACACCGGGUAACUCACUGCUUUUUUAGUAUAUGGGGAUGAAAAUCUCAUAAAUUAAUCAAGGUUUCCAAGGCAAGUGAUGAACCAAACCCAGAUGUUUACCUAACAAAUUAAUCUUUUAAAACCAGCCUAAAGUUCUUUCCUUAUUACUAAACGUAAUCUUAGCUGAGCUCUUGUUAAAAUUUUUAACUUUCUAUUACUGCUUCUAACUUGGAAUAGAAUUGUAUUCCUAGUGUUCAUUAAAGAAUAUAUCCUACUGAUAGACUUUUAAACAAAAAUAAAUAAAAUACUUGUGAAUAAAAGUUUCCCUUGUUUUUGACAUUUGUGCACUUCCAUGUUAAUAAGACAAUUUCCGCUAAAACAAACUGCAUACAUACACUCAAAGAUAGUCCAUGUGAUCACUCAGUUUUAUGAGAUCAUAACACCUUAUAAAGUUUUGUUAAAAUAAUAAAACUGAAUGAUAACACAGUGCAUGGCAUAUGGGUAGUAGUUUAUAUAUUAUUAAAGAUUUAAUUUAUUUUUAGGAAGUUUUUAUUUUCUGUUUCUAUAUUGCUGUGUAUCUCUGUGAAUUCUUAUGUUAUUCUUAUAUAUUCCUCUAAAGUUCAUGUUCAAAUAUACAUGAAUGUCUAUGUUUUA